AUGUAAUAGGACAAGAGCAUCGAACAUUAUUUCUAUAACACAAAUCAUAUAAUUGGAAAGGGCAGUUUUGGGUGUGUUUACAGAGGCAUAAACUAAAGUACUUAAGGAGAAGUCGCCAUAAAAAUCAUGAAAAAGGCAAAUUUGGCAGGAUAAUCGUAUUAACUGUAGGCUUUGGCCAAUGAAAUGACAAUUUUGAGAAAACUUCAUUCGAAAAACAUAGUGAGGUUACUUGAUGUUUGUGAAAACCAGCAAAACUAUUAUCUUAUCUAAGAAUAUUGUUAAUAAGGGGAUCUAAGGUAGAUAUUGAAGCAAAAACAAUUGGAGGAGUAGGAGGCCAUAAGAAUUUUACAUGAUAUCCUUUGUGGAUACCAAAUAUUAUUGAAGAAUGGAAUUGUACACAGAGAUAUCAAACCCGAAAAUAUCUUGAAUAGCAAUGGAGUAUUUAAACUUGGAGAUUUUGGUAUGGCAACUCAAUUUUCCAAAUAGAGGAUGCUGAAUUCACGUGUUGGGACACCUUUGUAUAUGAGUCCACAGGUCCAAUAAAAUAGUAGUUAUACAAAUAAAUGUGACAUUUGGUCUAUAGGAAUCUUAUUUUACGAAUGUUUAUAUGGUGCAACUCCUUGGUAUCAUGAGACAACUUCUUAAUUACUUAAAGAAAUCUAAGAGCAACCUCUGAGGUUUCCUAAGUAACCAAAAGUUAGUGAUAUAAGCAAAUCAUUUAUUCGGAAUUGUUUAUAAAUCAAUGAAAAAGAAAGAAUAGAUUGGAUCGAUAUUUUGAGUCAUAACAUAUUUCGAUAAAACCCAAUUAAAAGGAUGGAUCAGAACUUUCAAUAAAUAAUCAUGCAAAUCAAAAAUAUCAUUAAAAUGAGAAAAUUGAACAUAAAUUAAUUAAUUUAAAAUAAUUCAAUUGGAAAUCAACUUAAAAUUAAAGAUCUUGAACUAUUACUAAUUUCAAUUGAUAAACAGUUUACAUCAGAGGAUGCUCAUUUGAUUUUUGGUCAGUUGAGUCAUUUCAAUUCAGAUUCUAUACCAUUACAAUGUGUGUUGUUUUGGUUAGGAUAAAAUUAAGCACUUUAAUCUUACUCAAAGGACAUGAGUCCUGCAAGAUCGAAGUAACAAGAAUAGUCCAAAGUGGAUACUAUAUUGAAUGCUCUGAUCGCGCGGAUAAGGUUGAAUUCAAUAUCAAUUAUACAAUUAUUCAAUAAGUAUGAUAUUGCAUAAGACUAAGAAAUCAGCUUGGAUAAAUUCGAACAAAUAAUGCUGCAUAUAAAUAUUUAAUUAUCCAAGCCUGAUAUCUCUCUGUGUUAUAGAAGAAUAAAGGAGGAAAAUUCAGGAAGCUUGAAGAGGGAAGCUCUCCUUAACAUUUUUUAUGAGGAGUCAGAUUUAGAUGAUACUGAAGAUGAUUUUUCGGUUUCGCCAGUGCAACUUCCAAUUCAGGGCCCUGGUUAAAAAUUGAUAUCAUGCAACAAUGUUGAAAUGUUAAGUUGA